CUACACACAAGUGUGCUGGCGAUUACUAAAGCCGUUGUUGUUGUCGGCUUCAUUUGUUCAUUCACCUUAUUUAAUUUUUCGGAAAAAACACUUGCAUACAUACACUCAGCGUCAUAAAUGCUGUCUUAAUUUGAUAAAUGUAGGAAGAUAUGGAGAAAUUGCAUUUAUAACCUUUAAAUAACUGGACAGCAUCUAUGACAUCGAGUGUACGUUAGAAAGAAUUAAAUGAUUUUUAUAGUAAUUGCAGUUAUAUCAGAAAAUAUUUCAACUUCUGAAUAAUCAUGACAGAUACAAAGAAAGAAGAAUUACAAGAAAAAUUAAAACAUUUUUUUAAAUUUGAAUCAUUCAAAUCUGAAGAUCAAUAUAAUGCUACUUUAGCUGUAAUAUCAACAGAAAUACAUGAUGUUUUAAUUAGUUUGCCACCUGCUGCUGGAAAAUCUAUCUGUUAUCAAUUACCAACAAUGUUGUGUGAUGUGAAAAUCACUAUUGUAAUUGUAGCGAACAAAUAUACUGCUGAAGAACAAAGAAGAUUUCUAGCAACAUGUAAUAUUGAUGCAUUUUAUUUUCAUUCGAGAUCUAAUGAAUUUAAUUUAACGAAAUUUUUCGAAAAAUUUAUUCAGUUGUUUAAAUUUGUUUAUGUGACUUCAAAUAUGCUUAUGAACACUUGGUUCCAGACGUUUAUAAAAAUGUUAAAUGCUCAUGAUUUAAUUUCAUUUAUUGUGGUAGAUGAAGCACAUUGUAUAAGUGAAUAUUAUGAGGAAUCUGUAGAGUUGUAUAGAAAAAUAACCAAAGUACGAGAUGAUUAUCCUCAUAUAAAAUUUAUAGCUCUAACUUCAAUUGGUACAGAGAAUAUCAUGACAGACAUAAAAAACUAUUUACAUCUAAAAAACUCUCGAGAAAUAAGUUAUUCAAAUUGGAAGCUUCCAAAUAUUUAUCUUCAAGUAAAAUAUAAAGAUAUUUUAGAUAAUCCAAUUAACGAUGUAAAGAAGCUCAUUGAAAAUUUUAUGAACAGUUCGGAAGAAUUUUCGGGAAUCAUUUCUUGUACCAAAUGUCACGAAGCAAUGAUGAUUGCAAAACAAUUAACUAAACUUGGUAUUCCUGCAGCAGCAUAUUGUUCAAAAUUAGAGGAAAUAAAAAGGAAUCAAAAUGAAAAAAAAUGGAUAGAUGGAAAAAUCAUAAUUUUAGCAAUUACACAUAAAUUUGGGAUGAAAUUUAUUAAACCCUCGCUAAGAUGUAUUAUACACUGGUCCCCUCCGUUGAGACUAGAACAAUACUAUCGACAAAUUGGCAGUUAUUUGAGAAAUAAUGAAAAAAUUCUUUGCAGAAUGUAUUUUGGUAUUGAAGAUUGGAUAAAUAUGCAAGCUACUGUUAUGAGAAAGACCAAUCAAACUUCUGAAGAAUUUAAGACCAUGAUACAGUACUGCUUGUCUACUGAAUGUCGUCAUUUGACUUAUUCAAGAUACUUUGGAAUAAAUAUAAAUCCUUGCGGUGAUGCUUGUGAUUUUUGUGAAAAAGAAUCAAUUGUAAGGACGAGGCAGGAAAAGUUUAAAGAGUUUGCUAAUCAACAUGAUAUACUACCAACGCUUAAACAGACACCUAUCAUAGCAGUUUAUAAUCUAAACAAAACGGGAGGAAUUGUCAAAGAUCUUGAACCCAUACAUAGAUGUAAUAUUUAUGAGCUUUUGCAAAGUGCUUUGAAUGAAAAUUAUGAAAAAGCAUCUUGUAUAAAUAAGCCAGAUAUAGAAAUUCAGUAUCUUGCUCAAUUGGCAAGAGGAUUGGAAUAUUCUAUUUUUUCUACAAGUUAUAAAGAGAUGAAUUACAAGUACAAAAUGAUGCGAUUGAUAGAGAGAAUAAAAAAAUCGACAGAAUCAAAAAAAAUAUCUAAUUAUAUUUUAAAUUAUAAAUUUCAACUUCUGUAAAUUAAAUAAUUUACAUAAUAAAUAUUUUUGUACUCAUUCAUACAUUUGAUUUGAUGCAC